AUGACCGAUAAUCUUUCAAAAAGUCUUAAAUCAACUGAAUAUGAAUUAUCUUGGGCAAAUCGAGGUUUAAAAGCAAAUAAUGCUAAUGAUGUUAAAGAAUUAUGUGAAGAAAUCGAACAAUGUAAACAUCUAGUUGCCUUACGUCUUGAAGGUAAUACAAUUAAUGAAGAAGCAGCAACAGCUAUUGGUGUAGCAUUAGAAGCACAUAGUGAAAUCGAGCGUUUAAUUUGGAAUGAUUUAUUUACUACUCGUCUUAAAACAGAAGUUCCACCAUCAUUAAUUAAAUUAACUCAAGGUUUAAUAACUAAUGGUUGUCAUAUUGUUGAAAUUAAUUUAAGUGAUAAUGCUUUUGGUCCAAUUGGUGUUAAAGGUCUUGAAACAUUUCUUUCAUCAUCUGCAUGUUAUACACUCGAAGAACUUCGUCUUAAUAAUUGUGGUAUGGGUAUUGGUGGUGGAAAAUUAUUAGCUGAAGCAUUAAUUGCAUGUCAUAAGAAUAGUGGUGGUAAAUUUGCUUUAAAACAAUUUGUUGCUGGUCGAAAUCGACUUGAAAAUGAAGGUGCACAAGCAUUAGCAAAAGCAUUUGAAUUAAUUGGAACAUUAGAAGUUGUACGUGUACCACAAAAUGGUAUUCGACCACCUGGAAUUGAAGCAUUAGCAAGUGCAUUUGUACAAAAUCAAAAUUUACGUAUUAUUGAUCUUAAUGAUAAUACAAUAACAUUAGCAACACCUAAAUUAGCAUCAUCUAUUGAAAAAUUACCAAAAUUAGAAAUAAUUAAUCUUGAAUCAUCACUUAUCCGUACACCAGGUACAAUGGCUAUUGCUCGUUCGAUUAUGUCACAUAAAAAUCUUCAAGAAUUAUAUCUUGGAUGUAAUGAUAUGCAUACGGAAGGUGGUAUGGAAAUAGCACAUGUUGUAAAAAAUAUGUCAUCAUUAAGAAUAUUAGAUUUAAAUGGUAAUUGUUUUGGUCAAGAUGGAAUUGACGAAAUUCGUCGUACACUUGAAAAUAAAAGUUUUGCAAAUCAAAUGGUAUUCAGUGAUGAUGAAGGUAGUGAAGACGACGAAGAAGAAGAAGGAGAGGAAGGAGAUGAAAAUUAUGAAGAUGAAGAAUAUGAUGAAGAAGAAGAAAACGAUGAGGAUUAUGAAGAUGAAGAAGGCGAAGAAGAAGAAGAUGUUGAAUCACCAUCAUUCUUUUUUGGUAAAAAUCCAAUACAACAAAAUGCAUGGAAUAAUUUUCAACUUGGUACUAAUAAAACAACUCCUCCAGCUCAACCAGAAUCUAUUAAUGACCUUUCAAGUAUGAUAGCUAACUUCAAUGUUUGUACACCAUUUAGUUUCGGUUCACAAUUAACUACUGAAGCAACAGGAAACAAAUGGACAACAUUUACUAAUCUUGAUAAAGUUAAAGAACAUUUAAAAAAUGAUGAUCAAUCAGUUGACCGUGCUGUUAAAUUACUUGAAGAUAUGUGGAACGAUAAUUCUGUAUUACAAAAUGAUACAUCUUCAAUUGCUUCAAAUACUUUAAAAGCAUUAACAUUUACAUCGGAUAGUGAACGUACUUUUAAUGAACGUUUACUUGUAUCAUUAGGUUUUGUUAAAGAUGAACAAACAGGACGUCAACGUCGUGCGAUAAAUCAACGUGAUAAAGCAUUUCGUACACUUGUCGAUGUCAAUAAAUUCUUACCGAAAUCAACGAAAAAUCUUCUUUCUGUUUUUCUUCAAAAUACUCCGAAUGAAUCAAAUCAAUCUUUUUCUCCCGAAAUUAAACAACAAUUAUUAUCAGCAUUACAAGGAUAA